AUGGCCUUUUCAGCUGGUGGUAAGUGUAAGUGGCUACUAGAGGCUGACACCCUGGUAGAAUUGACAUAUCGUAUCACUCAUCGUGGUUUAUCGAGAAGUGUUCAGGCCAAGAGAGAGGCAAAGGAGGUACCAAGCCGGCAGCCCCUGCCCAGCACACUUGGCUUCCCGCGAAGCCUUCUUGUCUUUGCUUAUCUCUCUCGCCCAGCAAAACCACAACAACAACCAAGACAGAGGCUUCGCUUGGCGGAUUACAGCCAUACACGAGGUUUCCGUAUUGAGCAUCGACAGAAAUCCCACUUUCUCACUCCCCUAUCGCAUGCGACCGUUACGAAUCGCCACCGAAAAUGGCUUGAGGCAGGAUCCCCAUCCUGGGUAACCGACAGUGGCCUGGCUGGCUCCGUCGUUCGCACUCGCACUUCCCAAUCCUCAUCCCCGGCAGAUACAUCGUGGGGAACGCACGACCGAGGGCGCCCAUUCGAGUAA